AUGGCUUCGAUAAUUCCGGACUCCGAGGCUGAGGACGAACAUGCCUCCAAAUUGAAAGAUUGGAAAGGAAAGAACCUACAAUCUCUUGAUGCUGAAUCAUUCACUAAAAUGAUGUCUGAAGUUCACACCCUGAUGGGAGUUUCUCGGUCGAAAGAUGACGGAUUGCCUACAUUCUCCAAACAUGUAUUGCGAGUGGAGAUUUGUGGGCCACAAGAAGACCAUAUUAGUGUAAUCGAUGUUCCUGGAAUUUUUCGCAACUCUAUACCCGGAAACUACGCGAAAGAGGACAAAAAAUUGGUGCGCGACAUGGUACAGGCAUAUAUGAGAAACCCUCGCUCUAUCAUUUUGACAGUGGUGCCAGCGAACGUUGAUAUAGCCACUCAAGAGAUUGUUGAGAUGGCCCACGAGCUCGAUCCUGAUGGCGAAAGGACUCUUGGAGUGUUGACCAAGCCAGACUUGGUAGACAAGGGUGCGGAGGAAAAGGUGAUUGAUCUCAUCAGAGGCAAAGAAAUGCGAGUCAAGCUUGGAUGGGUGAUUGUACGAAACCUUGGACAGAGCGAGUUACGCGGAGGAGUCAUGCACCGAGACGCAGCUGAAGAGGAGCACCGCACAAGACACCCUUGGAAUGCCGUUGACUGUGACAGUUUCGGCAUUGAUGGACUAAAAAUCCGUCUUCGUGUCAGAUCCGAAGUCAGCAAGAAACUCAAGGACCGCCAACUUGGCAUUCGGUCUCUUGGACCGCAAAGAAAUACACCCGAGCAGCAAUUGCAAUACUUGCUUGAUAUUGUUUCCUCAUUCCAGAGCCUUACCAUGCAGGCCCUAGGGGCAAACUACAGUUCAAAUGAUGCUUUUGAGAAUAGUGAUGCCCUCCGAUUGGCUACUAGGGUUGUCACAAGAAACGAGAAAUUCUCAGAGGACCUAUCCCGGUGGGGCCAUUUGUUUGACUUCAACAGUGUGUCGCCUCCCCAAGUUAACGCCGAUGACACUGUUGUUGAACGCCAAAAAUCUGGGAGACGACUCCUGCAUUCAAGAAACGUAAAGGACAUCUCUGGAAUCCAAGAGAUGCUGCCGGAAUCGUCAGAUGUGUCCCCUCCUCUCGGUCAUGAUAUUCGUUCGUGGAUAGGCGACGAAUACCGCCAAUCGCGAGGCUUUGAGAUUGGAACGUUCAAUCAUGUGCUUCUGUCGAGCCUAAUGAAGAAGCAGUCCACGAAAUGGAUAACCCUAGCGAAUGGAUACAUCAGUGAUAUCAUCACCAUUGUUCAUGGCUACAUCACCAACGGACUGAAAAUGGUCUGUACUAACAAAAAGGUGUAUGAAAACCUGCUUGUGCUUUUGAUGGACAAGCUUCUUGAGAGGUACCGGAGUGCGAUCGAUCAAGUUGCUUUUCUGCUGUUUGUUGAAAGAUCAAUGACACCAAUAACGGUGAACCACUAUCUUAAUGACAAUCUAGAAAAAUGUCGACAGGAGCGCACAAUACCAAAACAAGCAAGCAAAGCAUUUGACAGUCUAGAUGGGAAGGUAGUCCGUGUUGAUGAUCUGAAACAUCAGCAGAAUAUGAGCAAUGCCGAACAUGCUGUUCAAGAUCUUCAAGAUAUCCUGGAAUCAUAUUACAAACUCGCGCGAAAGAGAUUUGCGGAUAAUGUCUGCAUUCAAGCAACAUCAUUCUAUCUACUUCAAGGGCCAAGAUCCCCGAUGGGCUUGAUAUCGCCCUCGCUGGUCAGCAGUCUGAGCAGAGACCAACUUGACGAGAUUGCCGGAGAGCCGGAGAUAUUAAAAAGGAAACGUGAGCAGCUGCAGAAAGAAAUAUCGGAUCUUUCCAUGGCAAGAGAGAUACUACUCUGA